GUCUUCACCUCACCACGACCGCUGAUGACGUCGUGUGGCGCCAGAAAUCAACGGGUUUCGAACAGAGGUGGUUUUGUUCCGGAGAACACAACAGUGGUACAGUAGCUCGUCCACGGGCUCUGGUUUCUGCUUCACCAUGGUGAUAUUACGCAACAACUGCAGCGUGGAAGCUGAACCAGCAACAACUCCGCAGAGGGUGGUGUCGGACUUGGAUAAGAGCUCCGAGUUUCUGUCGCUUCUUCCCGCAUCGCUGAGAAAGUCGGUUCGGGUGACCCGCUCCACCCGCGCCCUGGAUGACAGCUUCAGCCCGGACAACAGCACGGGGCAUGCUGGUAUGAAGCUGGAGGUGGGAACCAGUCUCCACCUCUCUCGAAGGACCAGAGGACAAAGAAUUAAACUAGGGGGCUCCUUUCUGGACAUGGACCCAAAAACCAACAACAAGCUGUCUCAGGCUGAGCCUGGAGUUUGCUGCACCAGGAAAUCUUCCCGUCUGCAGAGAGAUGGAAAUGCAUCCAGCACGAAGCAGCAACCAGAUGUGGUGGAAGAAUCAUCAACUUCCAAAAGGAACCGUUUUAAUCUACGGAGCCAUGAAACUGAGGAAGAAGAGGAUCACUCAGUUCAACAUAGUCCCAGAAUCACUCGAUACAAACAGUCAGUGAUUUAUGACCGCCUCAUCACCAACACGGCUGAAGCUGUUCUCCAAAAGAUGGAUGACAUGCAGAAAAUGAGGUGGAAGCAGAGAAACAGAGACACCAAACAAGAGGAGUUGGGGAUGUACACCAGGGGCAGAGGACGAAGGUCUCUGAGGACAGAUGAGGAGAAUAAAGACACUGAGGAAGAGAAUCAAGAAGAGGAGGAGGAGGAGGAUGAUGAAGAGGAAGAAGAUGAUGGUGACAAUGAAGAUGAGGAAGAAGAUGGUGAAGGAGACAAUGAAGAGGAGGAAGAUGAUGAAGGUGACGAGGAAGAAGAAAACCUACGGCGAUACGACUUCAGACAGAGGAAGGCUGUGGUUCGUUACCAGGCCCCACAGGAUGAACCCAGAGAGCCCAGGAAGCGCCGCAUGUACCACUCCUCUCCUACCAGACGCAGGUUCAGGUUCAGCUCCACGGCCCCGAGGAGCCCCUACAACAGGAGAAGAAGCAGUCGGAGGAGACACGCCAUCCACAGCAGCGACUCCACUUCUUCCUCUUCAGACGAGAAUUUUCAGAGAUGCAGAAGUAAGAACAGGAGCUUGUCAAUUAACAGAUGUCUUCCGAUGAACCUUGUGAAAGAAGACCUGCUGGGGAUCCACAAGCACAGGAUGAAGAUUGGAGCCAGCCUAGCAGAUGUUGACCCCAUGUUCAUAGACAGGACGGUGUGCUUCAGUAGCAUUGGAGGUUUGAGUCGACACAUCUCGUCACUGAAGGAGAUGGUGGUCUUCCCUCUGCUUUACCCAGAAGUCUUUGAAAAGUUCAAGAUCCAGCCACCCAGGGGCUGUCUGUUUUAUGGUCCUCCAGGCACGGGAAAAACUCUUGUGGCCAGAGCGUUGGCUAACGAGUGCAGUCAGGGUGACAAAAAGGUGUCGUUCUUUAUGAGGAAAGGGGCUGAUUGUCUCAGUAAGUGGGUUGGAGAAUCAGAGCGGCAGCUGCGCCUGCUAUUUGACCAGGCGUACCAGAUGCGUCCGUCCAUCAUCUUCUUUGAUGAGAUUGAUGGUUUGGCUCCAGUCAGGUCGAGCCGACAGGACCAGAUCCACAGUUCCAUUGUGUCCACCCUCUUGGCCCUCAUGGACGGAUUAGAUGGCAGAGGAGAGAUUGUGGUGAUUGGAGCCACAAACAGACUGGAUUCUAUCGAUCCAGCUCUCAGGCGACCCGGACGCUUUGACCGAGAGUUCCUCUUUGGCCUGCCAGAUAGAGAAGCACGAAGGGAAAUUCUGAAGAUCCACACCAGAGAGUGGAGCCCUCUACCAUCUGAAGUGCUCCUGGAGGAACUGGCAGAUGAGUGUGUUGGUUACUGUGGAGCUGAUAUCAAAGCAGUCUGCUCGGAGGCAGCACUGUGUGCUCUGAGGCGGCGCUACCCACAGAUCUACUUCUCGUCUCAGAAACUUGUGCUUGACGUCAAUUCCAUUGUCAUCACCAACCGAGACUUGUCUGCAAUGGCCAAACUGGUGCCUGCUGCUCAAAGAGCUGUGGUGUCACCAGCCAAAGCAUUGAUGCCUGCUGUCUGUCCUCUACUGAGCACUACCUUGCGGAACAUCAUGAAGACCAUCAGAAGAGUGUUCCCACAUGCUGAGCAGGGAUUAAAGAGGAAGCAAAAACAAGAUGUGCACUGUGAUGUGUUUGAUGACGACAUGACGGUCAGUGAAGAAGACCCUGAACUCUACAAUGGGCAGCAGCCUUCUCACUGCCUGCAGCAAAUGAAAACAUCAGAUGUUAAUGGACUCCUCAGCCUCAAAAGGAGUGUCGUGGGCCAUCCAACAUCCUACCGUCCAAGGUUGCUGUUGUUGGGCAGACCUGGCUCAGGGCACAGCUCUCACCUGGCUCCCGCUGUCCUCCACACUCUGGAAAAAUUCACAUUAUAUACUUUGGACAUGGCGGUGCUGUUCGGAGUCAGCACAACUGUACCAGAAGAGACCUGUGCGAAGAUCUUUGUUGAAGCCAACCGGACUUCUCCCAGUAUCUUGUACAUCCCUGAGGUUGGACGCUGGUGGGAAACAGUGGGUCCUGCCUUAAGAGCCACUUUCCUCAGGCUGCUUGGCUCCAUCCCUGCUUUUGCUCCUGUGCUGCUGCUGGCAACCUGUAACUUGCCCUAUGACCAGCUCAGUGUGGAGGUGCAGGAGUUGUUUCAGCUCAAGUACGGGGAGGUUUUCCGUGUCCCCAUCCCCACUAAUAAAGAGAGAAGAAACUUCUUCAAGGACUUGAUCCUCAAUCAGGCUGCCAAGGCUCUUGCCUCAAAAAAGAAAGCUGGGCUUCAGGUGCUGGAGGAGCUUCCUGUGGCACCCCCACCUCCCCCCCAACAGCUGACAGAAACAGAGACCCAAAGACUAGAGGAGCAGGAGGAAGACACGCUCAGAGAGCUCCGCCUCUUCCUGCGUGAUGUCACCAAUCGUCUGUCCCAAGACAAGCGUUUCAAGGCCUUCACAAAGCCUGUGGAUUUAGAGGCGGUACCAGAUUAUGCUGAGGUGAUCAAGAAACCUAUGGAUCUGUCAACAGUUCUCUCAAAGAUUGACCUCCAUGAGUAUGUGACAGUGAAAGACUUUGUCAGUGAUGUGGAUCUUAUCUGGCAGAAUGCCCUGGAGUACAACCCAGACAGGGACCCGUCAGACCGUCAGAUCCGCCACAGAGCGUGUGCGUUGAAGGACACUGUGCACGCCAUCAUUAAAGAUGAACUGGAUGAGGAUUUUGAGAAGAUUUGUGAGGAGAUCAAGGAGUCUCGAAGUAAAAGAGGAUGCUGCACUGCAAAGUUUGCACCGUCCUUCUCCUAUGUGCUUCCAAAACAGCCCAAAUCUCCUACUGAGUCCAAGACUGGUGAUGCUGCUGGAGGCACAGCUGCAGAUGUCCCCACACCCUUUCAGGUGUCAACACCCAAACACUCAGCCCAAAAAAGGAAACGACACAAGAGUCGCUGGUCUGCUGGCUUCUGGGCUUCCAAAAGGAAGUUCACCUCCUCUCCUCACUUCUCCAGAGAGGACACUCACUUGUUUGACCAGUCUGUUGAAGGUGGCGCUGCACCAUGUGAAAGAGGGGAAUUAGAAAAUGAGGAAUGUAACGGUCACGCUGAGCCAAUGGAGGAGGAAGCAGCAGACAUCGCCAGUACAGAACCUUCUGGAACUGUCAAAGGAGAAGAAAACAAAAGCCCAGAUCAUAGUGUGAGUUGUGUGGCUCUGUCUGAAGAGGAGACUGUGCCGCCACAGCAGACGAUCCAUGUGGACAAAGCUGUGCUGAUCCCAGAUCAGGAAACGCCUGCUUUGGUGGUGGACAAAAACAAAUUAAAGGAGCUGUUGGAGAGAGUUGUGACCAAGACUGAUGGUUAUGAAGUCAGCCAGCUGGAGAGACUCUACGCUCUGCUGUGCCAGAGCAUCUACAGACACAAACAGGACUACAACAAAGCUGCACUAAUACAGGAGCUGCAACAAGAGAUUGAAGACUUCUGUUGAAUUCUGUACAGGAAAAGAACAUACAAGCACAAAAUUUCAGUGGAACUCUACUGGCACUUCCAGGUUUUGUCUUAAGUACAUUUUUACAGUACUGUUUGCUAUUUAAUUAAAUAAUACUCUUCUAAAUA